CAAAGAUCUCUACAAGGACGUCAUGAUGGAGGAUCACCGGCCCCUCACAUCACCAGUUAAAGAAGAGAGAACAACAACGGAGAGAUGUCCCAGUCCUCUUCUUCCACAGGAUGGUUCAGGAGAACAUCACAAUGUCCCACAGGAUGAUCAGAUAUAUAGAGAUAAGGUUCAGAAUCCAGGUGAAGAUCUGAACAUUAUAUAUGUUACAGAGACACAUGUGAGGGGUGAUGAGCAGGGAAUAGAGGACAUUUUUACAGAUAACUGCCCAGAUGACUAUAUCAUGAGCUCAAAGGGACUUCCGAUACCUAAAGAUGUAAAAGCAAAUGAUCAUGCUCUGGUACAAGAUGCUUAUAAAGUGUAUGUCAUUAUCCCAGAUACACCCUCAGCCUUGCAAAGCAACAGUCAAUCAUCUGAUCUUUUUCAACGAGUCCUGCCUUUUGAUUCAUCACAGACUGUUAAGCAAAACAAAGGACACAGAAGAGGUGAACAUCCAACAACUCCCACUGGGGAGAAGCCAUUUUCAUGCUCAGAAUGUGGUAAAUGUUAUAGGAUGAAAUCAAGUCUUAUGAUACACCAAAGAGCUCAUACAGGAGAGAAGCCAUUUUCAUGUUUAGAAUGCGGGAAACGGUUUACCAACAAAUCAAAUCUUAUUACACAUAAGAGAAUUCACACAGGGGAGAAGCCAUUUUCAUGCUCAGAAUGUGGAAAAUGUUAUAGGAUGAAAUCAAGUCUUAUGAUACACCAAAGAGCUCAUACAGGAGAGAAGCCCUUUUCAUGUUCAGAAUGCGGGAAACGGUUUACCAAAAAAUCUAAUCUUAUUACACAUAAGAGAAUUCAUACAGGGGAAAAACCAUUUUCAUGUUUAGAAUGUGAAAAAUGUUUUAUCCAGAAAUCAGAUCUUGUUAAACAUGAGAGAAUUCACACUGGGGAAAAACCAUUUUCAUGUUCCGAAUGUGGGAAAUGUUUUAUCCAGAAAUCAGAUCUUGUUAAACAUCAGAGAGGUCACACAGGAGAGAAACCAUAUUCAUGUUCAGAAUGUGGAAAAUGUUUUAGCAACAAAUCAAGUCUUAUUACACAUUAUAGAGGUCACACAGGAGAGAAACCAUAUUCAUGUUCAGAAUGUGGGAAAUGUUUUAGCAACAAAUCAAGUCUUAUUACACAUUAUAGAAUUCACACAGGGGAAAAGCCGUUUUCAUGUUCAUAAUGUGAUAAAUGUUUUAUCCAGAAAUUAGAUCUUGUUAAACAUCAGAGAGGUCACAAGGGGAGAGCCAUUUUUAUGUGUAUAAUGUGGAAAAUGCUUUAGCGAUAAAUCAAGUUUUAUUUCACAUAAGAAAAUUCACACGGGAAGAAGUUAUUUUCAUGUUCAGAAUGCGGUAAAUGGUUUAGGAAAAAAUCAAGUCUUAUUAUACAUGGUAGAAUUCACAUAGAGGAGAAACCAUAUUCGUGUGGAAAAUGUUUUAUUCAGAAAUUAGAUCUUGUUAAACAUCAGAGAGGUCAUACGAGGAGAAGCCAUAGUCACGUGCAGAAAAUGGGAAAUAUUUUAGCAAUAAAUCAACUUUUAUUUCACAUGAGAAAAUUCAUACAGGGGAGAUGUCCUUUUCAUGUUCAGAAUGUGGGAAAUGGUUUAGCAAUAAAUCAAGGCUUAUUAUGCAUGAUACAAUUCACAUAGGGGAGAAACCAUUUUCAUGUUCAGAAUGUGGAAAAUAUUUUAUCCAGAAAUCAGACCUUGUUAAACAUCAGCGAAUUCAUACAGGGAAGAAGCCAUUUUCAUGUUCAGACUUGGAAAAGUUGUAGCUUUAAACCAGAACUUAUUAUACAUAAGAGAAUUCACACAGCGGAGAAGCCAUAUUUAUCUUCAGAAUGUUGGAAAAAGAGAUCUUACCAUCAGAGAAUUCACACAGUGGAGAAGCCAUAAUAAUGUAGGAUAUGUUUUAGCCACAAAUAUCAUUGUCUUAAACAUCUAUAUAUUUACACUUGGAAGUAUUUCUUAUUAUAGCCACAAUAAAGCCGUUUGGAACAUUAAAUGAUAAUUUAGGAAUGUCUGUAAUUACCAAUAAACA